ACAAUAGAACGUGUUUUAUUCAAUCCCAGUAGCCCAAUCCUCUGAUAGAAUCAUUACAGUUCGUUGAUUAUGGACUUAAGACGUAGAGUACAUUGCAGAUGAUGUACUUGUUUUCGUUGAGAAGUCAAUCGGUAAGUCGGGCGACUCGGUUUUUCCAUAAAUUUUCCAACGGUCUGCUGGCAGUUUCCCUCCAUUUUCAAGACCAAGAAACCCUUUCCUUCUUCCCCUGUUCGCUCUGGAAAAUCUCUUUCUCUCUCUUGCAAUAAUGGCAGGUUCUUGCUCGCAUUGGUGGCAUGCUCCAAUCUAUGCCACCAUCUCUGUAAUUCUCGCUGUUACAGCAAUCUCCACAUCUUAUCACCCUGACACCAAAGCCCAAAUCCCACACUCUGUGGGAUCAGAUUCACUCAACUUGCACAAACUAUCUCUGAGUUUGAACGCCUCUCGAGCUCUUCGAAGGGAGGGAUUCAAUUUCAUGGCUACCAUUCUUCUGAUUUCCCCUGAAGAAGUUCUCCCAUCUUCAGAAUCCACCAUCUUCGCCAUCCAAGAUCACGAUAUCUCCAACGUCUCUCUUCCUCCAUGGCUGAUGAAAGAUCUUCUCCAUUAUCACACGUCACCGUCGAAGCUUUCCCUCGAAGACCUUUCUAAGAAACCUCAGGGCAGAUGCAUUCCGACCCUUCUUCCUGGAAAGAACUUGGCCAUCACGAAGAUUGACGGACAAGAAAGGAAGGUCGAAAUCAAUCACGUCUUGAUCUCUCAUCCGGAUAUCUUCGUUGAAGGCCCCUACUCGAUUCAUGGAAUUCCUGGGCCUUUCACUUCGUUCGAUCCGCGUGAAAUCGAGCCCGACUGGGAUUUCAUCCGAUCACCCAUCUGUGAUUCCAACGGCAGUCUAGUUGCGGAUGCAUCAGAAGCGAGAAACAGGGUGCCAUGGAGUCGAAUCCUCAGAUUGCUGAGCUCAAAUGGGUUUAUUUCUUUUGCGGUUGGAUUGCAUGGAGUUCUUGAUGGGAUUCUGCGAGACAAUGUGGAUUUGAGUUCCGUGACAAUCUUUGCUCCACCCGAUUUGGCUUAUGUUGGAUCGCCAUCACCGUUGCUGGAAACGAUUGUGAGGCUCCACAUAUUGCCUCAGAGAUAUACAUACAGAGAAUUGUCUCUACUGCCGGAGAAAGCGUCUCUCAAGACGCUGCUACCUGAUGAAGAUCUACAGAUAACAUCUGAAGUUAGCUUUACAGGGACUGUGUCCAUUAAUGGGAUCAAAAUCACAACGCCGGAUUUUAUCUCAUCACAGGAGUUCAUGAUCCAUGGGAUUUCUCGAGCUCUCGAGAAGGUGAAGCUUUCAACCAUAUCCAGGUAGAUCAGCUUCAGAUUCAAUUCAAGGAUCAGUUUUAGCGUAAUGGAUUCUCGGCAUUGUUCUACCACUGAUUCCUUUUCGCUCUUGUGAGUUGUAUGUUGUAUAUAUAGUUGUAUCUCACCUGAUUCUGUGUGAAUUGUGACUUCUCUCCUGUCUCCACCUUUUGUUUUUUGUUCUCUCUUUUUCUCCUCUUUCGAUGUAUAUUGGCAACCGUCUGUGGGUUAAGUUUUGUUUGGCUCAUUUCUCUUUUAAGAAAUGGAGCUAGGCCUCAAAAGGGGCUACAUAUAGUUCUGAUUCAAAGUAAGAAUGCAUAGAAUAUGUAAUUCCUAUUCUAAA